AUGCCGAACAACCGGGUGAAGACGCUCAAGGCCGUCCAGGGCAAGAAGACCAAGGUUGCGUCGGGCCAGGUGCACCCCAACUCGCGGAGGGCGAAGCAGCUUCAGCGGGUCGAGCUGCGGGCGAAGAAGCUCGAGCACGACGCCAAGGUCAGGAGGGUCGCAGAGGUGCACGAGAUGGACCGACACCUCUACUUCGUCCACGCCCUCCCCUCAGAUGCGACUUCCGUCUCCCUCCCCGACUUGCACCAGAUCUUGAACGACUACUUGAACCGGAAUGAGGCGGAACUUGUCGAGUUGAAGCACGAGAGGGAGGGGCGGAGUUGGCGGAAAGGCGAGGGCAAGGGGAAGCGCGAGACGGAGCUGGAGAAGCUGCGCGAGGAAGAGGAGAGCGAGUACAAGACCGGUUUCGUCCUCCCUGACUUGACAUUGGCGGAGAACGUCGUCAUCUGCCGACAGUGGAUCAAGCCUGCGCCGGCGAAGGAGGGCAAGAACACGAAGGGAGGCGACCCUUCGUACCUCGGGCGCAUCCGACUGAUUCGGCUCUUCAAGGACGAGCCGAACGUUGUCGUCGUUGCGCAGAAGGGCGCACGAGAGACGUGGCAGGAGGGCGAGGGUGAGGUCGAGAUGGGCGACGUCGAGGAGGCGGCAUAG